AUGGCCAACGACCACAUUCUAACUCUUUCAUGUCCCGAUAAACCGGGCAUAAUUCAUGCUGUAACGGGGAUUUUCGCCAGGAACAACCUCAACAUCCUCGACUUACAACAGUUCAGCGACCGGACUUCGGAGAAGUUCUUCAUGAGAGUCCAUUUCGGACCAGCCGACGACACAAAGUUCUUAAGACCCUCGUUCGAUGAGUUGGCAAACGACAUCAAGAUGGACUACGAGCUCCGUCCCGUGGCUGAGAAACCAAAAGUCUUGAUCAUGGUCUCCAAGAUCGGCUACUGCCUAAACGACCUCCUUUUUCGCCAAAAGACAGGGCAGUUGGCUAUCGACGUGCCGUUGAUUGUGUCGAAUCACCCGGAUUUCGAACCGCUAGCCAAGAGUUAUAACAUUGCGUUCCAUCAUCUGCCUGUUAGCAAGGAUACCAAGUCCGAGCAGGAAGCUCGCAUCCUAGAGCUCAUCAAAGAACACAACAUCGAUUUGGUAGUGCUGGCGCGGUACAUGCAAGUCCUCUCACCGACCCUCUGCGAAGCCAUGUCUGGCAAGAUUAUAAAUAUCCAUCACAGCUUCUUACCCUCCUUCAAGGGUGCUAAGCCUUACCACCAGGCCUUUGAAAGAGGCGUCAAGAUCAUCGGCGCCACGGCACAUUUUGUUACUGCUGAUCUGGACGAGGGGCCGAUCAUUGAACAGAGAGUCACAAGAGUCGAUCAUAGUAUGACGCCCAAGGAACUCGUCGACGAAGGGAGCAACGUUGAGAGUCAAGUUUUGGCUGCGGCGGUCAAGUGGUGGUCGGAGAAAAGAGUAUUUUUGAACGGGCAUAAAACGGUAGUGUUCAACUGA